CUUACAAGUUUAAUUCAUAUUCACAGUUUUUCCCCAUUAUCACACGGGCUGUUUUUUCUUAUAUUAUAAUGUAAUAAAAACGCUAACCGUAUGGGUUUGAGUGAUGAGAACUGCUUGUGAUGGUUAGUUUAAAGACCGCCGACAGCUUACUUUACGGCAAACAAGAAGCGCUGCAGUUAAACGUUCGCCAUGCAGUGGUAGCACAAAACUGGCACAAGUGAAAAUACUGAAGAAUAAAACCAUUUAAUUGUGUUAAAAAAAAGACCAAUUGUCAGGCAGCCCAGCAGACAGCCAGAGCCCUUAUGUGACCUUAUUACUUAAGUUUAAACCCGUCAGGGAACAGAUUACAUUUGUUUUCCGAUGUUUGUUGGCUAACAGUAAGUUGUGCGCAGAGCUAUUCCUAUAAGUUAAGCAUAUCUUUAAAUGUUGAACUGAGUAAAAAGGAGCAGGAGCUUCUGAACCUAGACAUGGAUAAGGAGCCAGAAACAUCCAGCACAGGCUCAAGAAGUCCAGGAGGCUUCGGUCUGUUUGGAUCUGGCCCGCAGUAUUCAAAGACAGAGCUCGCUGGAGUGCCAUUGACAGGCAUGAGUCCUCUCUCUCCGUACCUUAAUGUGGACCCCAAGUAUCUCUUACAGGAUACAGAUGAGUUUAUUUUACCCACUGGAGCGAACAAAACGAGAGGACGCUUUGAGCUGGCCUUUUUUACAAUCGGAGGAUGCUGUAUCACAGGUGCUGUAUUUGGGGCCGUGAAUGGACUUAGGAUGGGAUUGUCUGAAACCAGAAACAUGGCUUGGUCUAAACCUCGCAAUGUACAGAUCCUGAAUAUGGUGACCCGCCAAGGUGCCACAUGGGCAAACACAUUGGGUUCAUUAGCUCUGCUGUACAGCGCAUUUGGUGUGAUCAUUGAGAAAGCCAGAGGGGCAGAGGACGAUCUCAACACGAUUGCUGCUGGAACGUUAACAGGCGUUCUCUACAAAUCUCCAGGAGGUUUGCGAGGGGCAGCGCGGGGCGGGUUGGUUGGGCUGACACUAUCUGGACUCUAUGCUCUCUACAAUAACUGGGACCAUCUGAAGGGAAGCUCUCCUACCCGCUACUGAAUCUUCUGUCAAGACACUGUCAACAAAUUAGUCAAAAUUGUCAAAUUGACAAAUCAGAGUACCAAAUAAUUUCGAAGUGCAUUGCCUAUUAACAUUGAAGGAUUAGUUCACUUCAGAAUGAAAUUUUCCUAAUAAUAUACUCACCCCUAUGUCAUUCAAAAUGUUAAUGUCUUUUUUUCAGUUGAAAAGAAAUUAAGGUUUUUGGUAAAAACAUUCCAGGAUUUUUUUUUUUUUCCAUAUAGUGGACUUCAAUGGGGAUCAACGAGUUUCAAUGCAGCUACAAAGAGCUCUACACAAUUCCAGCCGAGGAUAAAGGGUCUUAUCUAGCAAAACGAUCUGUCAUUUUCUAAGAAAAAUACAAAAUUAUAUAUAUUUAACCACAAAUGCUCAUCAUGCACUAGCUCGACCUCUACGAAAUCACACAUGCGUGACGUCGGCGGAAGUACCGAACCAGUGUUUACAAAGCAGACGAAAGUCAAACGCCCUUUACAAAAAAGGUAAAACUAAUGUCGAAUGAUUUUGAAGUUAAAAGAGAAAAGACUUUUUUGCCCACUGAAGUACACAGACGAAGAACAAACCAUGCGUGACCUUACCAGCAUGAUUGCGCAUGCACAUCCUUGUGCAUUGGGCAUUUGUGAUUAAAAAAAAGUAUAUAAAUAUUUAUUUUUUGAGGAAAAUGACUGAUCAUUUUGCUAAAUAAGACCCUUAUUCUUCGUCUGGGAUCAUGUAGAGCCCUUUGAAGCUGCAUUGAAAUUACAGUUUGAACCUUUAAACCGUUGACCACCAUUGAAGUCCACUAUAUGGAGAAAAAUGUUUUCCUCAAAAACCUUAUUUUCUUUUCAACUAAAGAGAGAAACACAUGAACAUCUUAUGACAUGGGUGGGAGAAAGUGAUCAGGAAACUUUCAUUCUGGAAGUGGAACUUCUCCUUUAAAGCCAAGUUGUAAAGGUCAGUGAACCCCACUUUAAGGCUUUAAAUUCAUGACAAUCUCCUAAAAAAUCUAUAAUUUAAUACUAAACAUGAGGAAUGUUUGAAACUAUUUAUUAAAACUUAUUUUAGACAAGGGUUUGACAUAACUGUCGAUUUAAUAGUAUGUUCAUGUAACUGAAGUAGCAAAUGGUGCAGCAAGUCAUUGCUUGUUUUCAGUGUUUGUAAUACGCUCAGCAAUUGUAGAAAACUGCUGUCUGUAAUUUACCAACUGUAAGUUUAAAAACAUGCGUUUGAACAAAACUUUGCACUGGAAAUGGAUAAUGAGUGUUUACUAAAAUUCUUUGCUGUAUUAUUUGGUAAUUAUGAAUGUGCAUUAUUACAUGAAAUGAUACUUGGGCUCAUUGCCGUGUCAUUCCAUCAGCAGACACCAGAAUGUAUAUGUGGAAGUAAAUAUUCAUCAAUGUUGCUAAAGGUUCAAUAAAUCUGUGCUAUAAAAAUG